AUGGGAACGCCUGAAAAUCUUGAUAGUUUACGCUUAUUCAACCAAUACCGAGCAAAUCUGACAAUCACUGUAAAACAAGCCUUUGAAGGUCGUUGUGACGAAAAGGCGGGCGGAUCUGGAAGUACCUCUGUUAUAAUAACGGUAUUAACCUCCAGUUUCGAAUACCAGGUUGUCUUAAUACGAUCCCUGUGUUAUUUCUUAUUUUCAUCGGUUGUUUCAUUAUUAAAUCUAUUGGAAACUAAAUACGCAUAUUUGAAACUGGGUGAUAUAGUGUACGUUGAGUUACCUACUAUUGGAGACAAGAUCAAUGUUAAUGACCAAUGUGCCGUUGUCGAGUCAGUCAAAGCUGUUAGCGAAGUAUACUCUCCAGCGUCAGGUACCAUAAUUGAAGUCAAUCCAGAUGUUGAAAAAAAUACAAAAAUAAUCAAUCAGUCCCCUUUAGAUGAAGGCUGGCUUUUCAAGCUUCGACUUUCAGACUUAUCACAAAUCAAGGACCUUUUAUCUGAAGAAAAUUAUGAUGAAUUUUUGACCUCUGAAUCUUGA